GCCGACUAGGAAGUGGCACUAAAGAUAAAGGAGGAUCUCGUUGACAACUGCAUACGCACAUGGCUGUCUAAUGGAGUCGACGUUGAGUCGUUGGAGGAAUCAAUUACACGGCAAUUCCAUUUCGGUGAAAUCAACCUCCCAAGUCCGGACCCAAGUAUCGUCAUAGAGCACAACGAGGGCUAUCGCUCCAUUUCUCUUGAUGACAGACCUUCUAAGGACCCGAAAAUCUUGGAACAACGAAGGAAGCUACGAGAUACUUUGCAAAAUAAUAUACCACUUGGUAGAGCUGUCGAUCAUGUGCUAAAGCAAGAAAUCGACCAACGCGGGUUGCUCGCGUUCGAAGCUGAAUCUAUAUUUGACGUACCACUCGCAUCCACGCUCAGUUUCUACGACAAGGUCCAUCUUUUAGCCAAGCAUAUGCUUUUAGAGCGAGAACUGAAGUCUUUGCCAAAACCCCAAGCUCGGAUGACCCCUAAGCGUGAGCCGAACGUGGAGCCUCAGGUUAAGCUAUCAAUGCUCCGAGUCACAGCAAUGGAAACGCUUCAUCUCGAGAGUUUUUUGGCCCCCUUAUCACCUGACUAUUGCCUAGAAUGUUUCCACAGUCUCCUCGAGGAAGUAGCUGAACCAUAUAUCAACGCUGGUAUUUCCAACCGCGAAUUGCUCGAUUAUGAUCUUUACGGUACAUCAGAUGACGAUGAUAAAAGUCCCCUGACCGAUGUUGAAAGAGAUAGAUGGGAUAAGUCAAGACAGUUAGAAGGAAGACUGAGCAGAGAACAGCUUGCAAGCUGGUCCUAUAGACUUUCAGAUAUCCCCGGAAACCCAGCUCAGAAGUCGGCUAAGCUCUAUACAGAUUGGCUCUGCGUCGAUAACCAGGAGCAGUACGAAGAAAUGUCUUGGUCAAUUAAGGGACGCAAGCUAUCUGCCGUGUUUAUCCGUACAUGGAAGAUUGACGAAGCCAAGCAGGUGGCACAGAUGAACGAAGCCAAGCGCAAACAUUCGACCCAGCACAGUAACGCGGGAGGGGAUUCUUCGACACAAACGGACCAACUAAUCGGCCAGGAUGAAGAAAAGGGGCCCCGGAAUUAUGAUGAAAUGGUUGUGGAUAUCCUUUCGGAAUCUAAGAUACGACAUCUAUAGGCCAUAUUUCAGCAGCUAGCGCCCGAAGAAGCACACUGUAUCAUGGGAACCGCAUCAACAAAAUUUUCGC